AGGAAGUGACGAGAGAUUCGUGCAUUCGUUGGGCCAGCCGCUGCAUGAAGGAUGGGACGUGAGCGCGGAAUAAAUUGAGCAGGAGGAGAGGAAGGUGGAGUGGGUUGGGUCAGGGAGAGUCCGUCCCCGGACAAUGCACCCGUGCUGUUGUUGCUUUUAGUGCUGCUGCAAUUCGAUACACUGUCGGAACGCGGCCAUUGUUGCAUUCGGGGCCCGCGUUCCAUUCCGCAGCGCGCGCCCAGUGAGCCGACUUGCAGCGACCCUGCAGCCGGUUGCUCUGCGGGCGGUGGAGCGUCCCCGGACGUCUCGACCCGGUGAGGAGGAGGGGAGGGGGGCGGUGCUAGUGACGUGAGCGAGGGCCGCGCGAUCGGAAGAUCUGCCCGGGCCGCGCGAGGCGGUUGGACGAGGCGGGCGCGCGGCGAUGAUGCGGGCGCUGCUGACUGGCUCGUGCCGUGGGGCCACCGGCUGCCUGGGUCUGAGCCAGCGCUGGGCUGCAACUUCCCGGACACUGGGCGCAGCAGCAGCAGCCGCCCGGGCUACACAACCACCCCAACACCGUGCAUGCAGCUCGCUGGCACACCAGCCUUCCUGGUAUAUUGGAAAGAGGAGCACAGCAACCAUGCCAGAAAUAAACAUGGACAACCUGGAUGCCAAACAGGUCCAGCUCUUGGCUGAAAUGUGCAUCCUCAUUGAUGAGAAUGAUGUAAAAACCGGAGCAGACACAAAGAGAAAUUGUCAUCUUAAUGAAAACAUUAAUAAAGGUUUGCUUCACAGAGCCUUCAGCGUUUUUAUCUUCAACAAUGAGGGGAAGCUUUUGCUGCAACAGAGGUCUGAUGCAAAGAUCACUUUCCCAGGCUGUUUUACAAACACUUGUUGCAGCCAUCCUCUUAGCACUGCAGCAGAAACGGAAGAGAAGGAUGCACUUGGUGUGAGACGAGCAGCCCAGCGCAGAUUAAAAGAGGAGUUUGGCAUACCUAUGCAACAGGUCCCUUUAGAAGAGAUGAAUUACUUGACCCGCAUUCAUUACAAGGCUCAGUCUGAUGGGAUCUGGGGAGAACAUGAAAUUGACUACAUAAUAUUUAUGCAGAAGGAUGUAACGCUGCAACCGGAUCCUAAUGAGAUCAAAAGUCAUUGCUACGUGACACAAGAGGAAUUGAAGGAACUGUUGGAAAAAGCAGAAAACAAGGAAGUGAAAAUCACACCAUGGUUCAAACUUAUUGCUGAGAAGUUUCUCUACACAUGGUGGGACAGUCUGCAUAACCUGAAGCAGUUCGUAAAUCAUGAGGAAAUCCACCGAAUGUAGAAUGCAUUUUACUUUCUAUUAAAUUGCCUUGCAAAGAGAGUUGCUAAUCAAAGUGUAGACUUGAGAAUCUUUGUAGAUCAUUGAAAUUGUGUUUGUUGAGCACAACUGGUGUUUACUCAGUGUGCAAAUAUGACCAAACUGGGGUAAUUUUUACAAAAAUGUGCAAUGACUACCUACAGUAAGUAUUCUGAAUCUGCUGCAAUUUAAGUGAAGAUUCUUCGACUGAUGUAUCAGUGGAAUGGCUGGCUGUAACUGGCAGGGAAAUGACAGGGUUUCUACAGUUCGUGGAAGAAAAAGAACUGCUAAUUUGAAAAGUGAUUUCAUAACUGCAAGGUAUUAACAUCAUUUGCUUACAAUUUAAAUGCUACAUAAACUGUUUAAACAUUUUUUUAGCUCUGAAAUGAAAUUUAUUGAGUUGAUGUACAACACAAGAUAAUACUGGGUGUUGUCUUCAUAAACAAUAUUGAUAUGUAAAAAAUGUGUUUUAAACAAGUUGGUGUUUUAAAAUUACUUUAACUGCUGAAAGUGAAUUAAUAAAGGUCCAAGGCUCUUAAACAAAAUA